AUGGCGUCUGCCGCGUUGGAUUCGGCCUUUUCGGCCAUCGAUGCCAACAAUGACGGCGUCAUCACCCGCGAGGAAUUCAUGGCGGCGCAACGGGGUGGCAUCGUCACUGCCCAUCCGGGACGGCCUCCCCUGCCUGGACGGCCGCCCGCGGGGGCUGUUGGUGUGUACAUGCCACCCAUGGGCACCCAGCCGGCCAUGGCCCCAUCCGAACCCAUGGCCCCAUCGGAGCCCAUCACGGAGCCAAUGGCGAUUCCAGGAGGUACGGCGAGAUCGGUGUCGCAGCCUGGCGCCUUGCCACCGGUGACCUAUACAGCGCCACCAGUCACACAGGUGGCACCACCGGUGGUGACGCAGGUGGCACCACCGGUGGUGACACAGGUAGCACCACCCGUGGUGACACAGGUGACACAGGCAGCACCCAGACAGAUGUCCGGGCCUGUCACAAAGGUGGUCACAGCACCACCUGUGACGAAAGUGCCAUCCAUGGGAUCACCCAAGAGGAAGUUGGAGUAUCACACCAUCCUUCGUGAACAAGCGACCAUAGAGGAGGUUGAGAAGGCUGUGGAAGUACCACGUGUGGAAGUUGUGGAAAAGGUGGAAGAAGUGCCCAUCACUUUGAUCCACGAAAGCUUGGUGGAAGUCCCCCAGCUCUUGCAGGAUGAGAUCAUCCGAGAAGUUCCUCUGCCACAGUACCAGGAGGUGGUAAAGGAGAUCGAGCUGCCACAGUUCGAAGCCAGGGAAAGGAUCAUCGAGGUGCCCAUGAGUUUGAUCGAAGAGACGUAUGUCGAGGUCCCACGGGUGCAGCGACUGGAAGUCAUCAAGCAGGUGCCCAAAGCGAUGGCGCGGAAGAUGCCGAAGCACGUGGAGAAACCGGUGAUCCAGGUGCGUGAGCGGCAGAUGCCAGUCACCACAGCCACGGUGAAGGAGGAGAUGGUGGAAGUGCCCAAGGUUGAGGUGGUUGAGAUGGUGCGAGAGGCAGCUGUGAUGGAGGUGCAGAAUGUGGAGAAACUCGUGGAGAGAAUCGAAGUCGAGCUGGUGACCAAAGAGGUGCCGGUGGUCCUGCAGGCGAUCCAUGACAAUAUCGUGGAGGUGCCACAGGUGGAAUACAUCGAAGUCGUGAAGGAAAUUCCCAAAGUGGAAGUUCGCUACGUGGAAAAGACCGUGGAGGUGCCGAAGAUUGAGUAUGUUGACCGCAUUGUCGAAGUGCCUCAGAUCACCUACGAGGAAAGGAUCGUGGAGGUGGUCCAGCGAGAGGUCAGAGAGAUCAUCAAACAGGUUCCCAAGCCUGUGGUGCAGUAUGUGGACAAGAAGGUCCCAAAGCACAUCUACAACUACUAUGACAAUGUGCAGGAAAAGCUUGCUGUGCUUAAACAAGAGGUACCGGUGGAGGUGCCGGAGGUGCACGCAGUUGAGCUGCUCACAGAGCUACCGAAGCCGCAAUACGAAAAGGUGCCGAAGGAGAUUCCCUUGUAUCAGAUCGAAGUUGUAGAGCGGAUUGAAUCGACGCCGGUGGUGCUGAAGGAGGAACGUGCCGUUCCAGUUGAUCAAGUGGAGAAUCUGCAGGUGAUGCGACAGGUGGUGAAACCCGUGGUGGAGUAUGUGGAGAAGACAGUGCCCAAGGUGGAGACUCAGGCUGUGGAGAAAGAGGUGGAGGUGCCCAUGGUCCUUCGCCAGGAAGUCAUCGUCGAGACGCCACAACUGGUGGUUGCUGAGGUCAUCCGGGAGAUGCCACAGGAGAUGACGCAACAGGUGGUGAAGGAGGUCCCCAAGUUCCAGAUGGAAUAUGUCAACAAAGUUCUGGAGGUCAAGCCCGCUCGAUAUGAGGCUGGGAUGAUGUCCGCACCACUCACACUUGGCAGUUCCGUUGCCAGUGGCUCGCGCUAUAUGGAGCCUGGCCCGGUGUACCAGCCCAGCGCUGGCCGAGCAGUGAGCUAUGGCGCUCAGAGCAUGGGCUCUUCGAUGAUGGGUGGCCUGUUGGGCAGCGCCACCUCAACGCUCCAAGUGCCUCUGCAAGGGUCAGCAUCGUCCUUCAGAGGGGAGCACGAUGUCGGGAGAUCCAUGGGGUCUGUGGAUGCCUUCAGCGCUCUGGACACUAACGGGGAUGGUCUGAUUUCAAGACAGGAAUGGGAAGCCGCCAAAGGAUGA